AUGACAUAUGACAUUGACUGCGCAACAACAUCGUCUUACAGCGAUUCGGGGUCGUUUGACUCGUCUGCGUCUUUUGACGAAUACCUGGACAAGAUCACUGUCAUCUUAGAGCCGCUGGAUGCUAAUGGGCUGCCACAAAAGAUCAAUGAGACACACGCCACUGAUGUUGUCAUGCACAUCUCCCUCGUCUCCGACGAUGGUACACUCGAUCUAGAACUAACUAAAGCCGGAGAGCGCCUGUUUGAUGGAACAUUGGCACAGUCACCGGCAGUUUCGGACAACCGGAUGGUUUUCACGUUCGGUAACUUGAAGAUCCGCCAAACUGGCACAUACCGGAUCCGCGCACUGGCCUUCAACCUCUCGUCCAUAGUGCCUAGCAUGCUGACGGCGACAACAACAGCGACGACAACGACAACGACAACAACAAGUGCACUUGCGGCCUCAUCCGAUGCCAUCGUUUCUGGGAUCUCUGAGGUGCUGGUUGUGGUUCAGAGUACAUGA